AUGUUGCUCAAAGUUCUCCUGAUGCUCCUCAACAUACUCCUGGCUCUCCAGUGGAGGGUUGGACCUCACGCUAACCUGGAGAAUGAAAACGUAGUCUUCAGCCCUCAGCCUAGGCCUGUGCCUCAGCCUCAGCUUGAUCCUGAAUCCCCUGCUGAUGAUGAUGUAGUCUUCGGCCCUCAGCCACAGCCACAGGCCAAAUCCCUGGGCCAUGAUGUUGAUGUAGUCUUUAGCUCCCAGCCUCAUCCUUUGCCUCAGCCCCAGCCCCUGCCCCAGCCCCAGCCUGAGCCAGAGCCUCAACCCCAACCCCCGCCUCAGCCCCAGCCCCAACCGCAGCCCCAGCCCCAGCCCCAGCCCCUGGCUGGGCGCCAGCCUCUGCCCCAGCCCCUGCCCUGGCCCCUUCCUCAGCCCCAGCCAGAGCCAGAGCCGGAGCCCCAGCCAGAGCCCCAGCCCCAGCCUGAGCCCCAGCCUGAGCCCCAGCCUGAGCCCCAGCCUGAGCCUGAGCCCCAGCCCCAGCCCCAGCCCCAGCCUCAGCCGCCUGCUGGGCGCCAGCCUCUGCCCUAUCCCCUGCCUUGGCCCCUGCCCUUGCCCGACCCCCAGCCUGAACCCCAGCCUCAGCCUGAACCCCAGCCUGAACCCCAACCUCAGCCUGAGCCCCAGCCUCAGCCCGAGCCCCACCCUCACCCUGAACCCCAGACCCCAGGCCAGCUCCAAGCUGGGCGCAAACCCAGGCCAAGGCCCCAGCCUGAGCCAGAGCCAGAGCCUCAGCCCCAGCCCCCGCCCCAGCCGGAGCCUGAGCCCCAGCCGGAGCCGGAGCCUGAGCCUGAGCCCCAGCCGGAGCCGGAGCCUGAGCCCCAGCCCCAACCGGAGCCCCAACCGGAGCCCCAGCCGGAGCCUGAGCCUGAGCCCGAGCCAGAGCCCGAACCGGAACCCGAGCCGGAGCCCCAACCGGAGCCCCAACCGGAGCCCCAACCGGAGCCGGAGCCUGAGCCCAAACCAGAGCCUGAGCCGGAGCCUGAGCCUCAGCAGGAGUCCCAGCAGGAGCCCGAGCCAGACCACCAGCCUCACCCCCAGCCACACCCCCAGCCACACCCCCAGCCAGACCCUCAGCCAGAUCCUCAGCCAGAGCCCCAGCCAGACCCGGAGCCUGAACCGGAGAUGGAGCCAGAACCCCAGAACCAGCAGGAGCUUCAGCCUAGUGGAAAGAAGCUUCCAGCAGAAGAAACAGAACUUGCUGCUGACUGCAAGACUGGGGGCUCAGGAGAGAAAAUGACAAGAGCUUCUCGAAUCCUUAGCACCAUCCUAAGUAACUACGACCAUAAACUGCGCCCUGGCAUUGGAGAGAAGCCCACUGUGGUCAGUGUUGAAAUCUUUGUCAACAGCCUCGGGCCUAUUUCCACCCUAGACAUGGAAUAUUCCAUUGACAUCAUCUUCUACCAGUCCUGGUAUGAUGAGCGGCUUCGUUACAAUGACACCUUUGAGACCCUUGUUCUACAUGGCAACGUGGUGAAACAGUUGUGGAUCCCGGAUACCUAUUUUAGGAAUUCUAAGAGGACUUAUGAAUACGAUGUCACCAUGCCCAACCAGAUGGCUCUCAUCCACAAGGAUGGAAAGGUGUUGUAUUCAGUUAGGAUGGCCAUUGAUGCGAGCUGCUCACUCCACAUGCUCAAAUUUCCAAUGGACUCUCACUCUUGCCCUCUGUCUUUCUCUAGCUUUUCCUAUGAUGAGCAUGAGAUAAUCUACAAGUGGGAGAAUUUCAAGCUUGAAAUCAAUGAGAACGCUUGGAAGCCAUUCGACUUUGAUUUUAGAGGAAUGUACAACAAAACUGAAAUCAUCUCCACCCCUGUUGGUGACUUCAUGGUCAUGACCUUCUUCUUCAAUGUGAGCAGGCGGUUUGGCUUCAUUGUCUUUCAAAACUAUGUCCCUUCAUCUGUGACCACAAUGCUCUCCUGGGUCUCCUUCUGGAUCAAGAUAGAGGAUUCUGCGGCCAGGACCUCUGUAGGAGUCAGUUCUGUAGUCACCAUGGCCACGCUGGGCACCCUUUCCCGUAAGAAUUUCCCACGUGUCUCCUAUUUCACGGCUUUGGACUUGUAUAUUUCCAUUUGUUUCGUCUUGUGCUUCUGUACUCUACUAGAGUUUGCUGUGCUGAACUUCCUGAUCUACAACGAGACGAAACGACAGACUUCUCCAAAGCUCUACCAUCUUCCAUCUGGUAGCCAUACUAAUACACGUACUCGUGCUCGUGCACGAACCCGAGCUCGUGCCCGUGCCCGUGCCCUCCAGCAGCAGGAAGUGUUUGUGUGUGAGAUCAUCACCUAUGAUAGGAAUGCUGAUGAGGAGCAUCAGUAUUGCCCAGUCCAGCAGUCACGAAGACCCCAGUGUCCCCGGAGGCGAUGUGACAGAAGCUAUGUGUGCUUCAAGGUUCUCAGGAGAUACUUGUGCAUGGCUCCUGGUUGUGAAGGCCGCACCUGGCAGCGGGGCCGCAUCUGCAUCCAUGUUUACCGCCUGGAUAACUACGCACGCGUGCUUUUCCCUAUUACAUUCUUUUUCUUCAAUCUGAUCUACUGGCUGAUUUGCCUUAACCUGUAGGCUCCAGCUGGUAGCUCAUGGGGCAGCCUCUGCAGUUCCCCAAGAGGUGCCAAGCCCCUUUGCCAAAGGAGUUGGGAGAUAACAGCAACAGCAUCAGAAGUACCUAGAGAGAGUUUUUCCUAACCUGGUUCACACACACACACACACACACACACACACACACACACACACAAUCUCUGUAGGAGGUGAGGAACAAGCAAGUGGGCAUAUUUGGGAAAGUAACCUCUCUCUGUUGCUGUGCUAUCUCCGUCUCCCCACCUGCCUCCAUCUGCAGUCCCAAUUCAGUUCCCUUCAUCCAAUGGGUAUCUAUUUGUGUGUGAAAUAUUUGUAAUUUCCCUUGCUUUGUAUGCCCCCUUCUUCCUUCUCCUUGACCUUUGUGAUUCGUUCUAUAACUUCCCCAGUGACUUUCCCAGCCCUGAUCCAGAUGCUAGGCUUUGGUGACUCACUGGGACCAAGAAACUGAGUACAUUCUGUUUGGCAGCAGCCAUUACCUGCCACUGAUUGGUGCUCACCUCAGGCACAGUCUAAAUGUUUGACUGCUUUCUUGGCCCCUGGACUCAAAAGCCAGUCCACUGCCAUCCCUGGGGUACUCACACAAUUGCAAUCAAUUGAACUCCCUUAAAUUUAUAUAGACUUUUCCCUUUGGAAAAACACUUUUGACAAACCAUUUCUAUUUGGAGUCUUGUUCUAGCCCUGUGACAUCUUUGGGCACAGUUUGUUCUCCAUUUGCAGAUGGCAACCUUGAGGUACAGAUUUCUAUGUGACUGUGGGUCUUGCUGAAAGCCAAUCAAGUGCCCCCUUGUCACCUGCUAAAAGCACAUGGCAGGGCUAGGAAUCUCUGAUCACCAUGACUCAGUUUUGUUUCCCCUGCUGGCACCCCAGUGGCAGGGCAUAGAGUAAUGACAGCCCCCUGAAGCAUGGACCUGCUCCUAACUAGGCCUGAGGUGACCAGACUGCUCUGUAGGUUGAACUCCUGCCACCAGUAACCCAGUGAGAUGAGUUUGUACGUGUCCCAAUGCUUGUAUAUGCUGAACAGAAUCUGUGUCUGUACUCUGUGGGGGAGGGGGGAUUGGGAAAUCCAUCUGC